AUGGACGACGCCACCGCCCCUGCCACUAAAUCUGGAGCUGCCAAGUUAGCUAAGAAAAACUUCCUUGAAGCUUUAAAGUCAAAUGAUUUUGGAAAAUUGAAGGCUAUUUUAAUCAAAAGGCAAAUAGAUGUGGAUACAGUUUUUGAAGUUGAAGAUGAGAACAUGGUUUUGGCAUCUUACAAACAAGGUUAUUGGCUGCCUAGUUAUAAACUAAAGUCUUCCUGGGCCACGGGCCUGCAUCUGUCUGUCUUGUUUGGUCACGUGGAAUGCCUUUUGGUGCUACUGGACCACAAUGCCACAAUCAACUGCAGACCCAACGGGAAGACCCCUCUUCACGUGGCGUGUGAAGUGGCCAACGUGGACUGCGUGAAGAUCCUCUGCGACCGUGGAGCCAAGCUCAACUGCUACUCCCUCAGUGGACACACAGCCUUGCACUUCUGCACCACGCCGAGCUCCGUUCUCUGCGCUAAGCACUUGGUGUGGCAAGGGGCGAACGUGAACAUGAAGACCAACAACCAGGACGAGGAGACGCCCUUGCACACGGCUGCCCACUUCGGGCUCUCGGAGCUGGUGGCCUUCUACGUGGAGCACGGGGCCGUCGUGGACAGCGUGAAUGCCCACAUGGAGACGCCACUGGCCAUUGCCACCUACUGGGCACUCCGCUUUAAAGAGCAGGGGUACAGCCCGGAGCAUCACCUCAUCUGCCGCAUGCUGCUGGACCACAAGGCCGAGGUCAAUGCCCGCGACGAUGACUUUAAGUCCCCCCUGCACAAGGCAGCCUGGAACUGUGACCACGUGCUCAUGCACAUGAUGCUGGAGGCGGGCGCCGAGGCCAACCUCAUGGAUAUCAACGGCUGCGCUGCCAUACAGUAUGUGCUGAAAGUCACCUCCGUGAGACCUGCGGCCCAGCCCGAGGUCUGCUACCAGCUGCUGCUGAACCACGGGGCGGCCCGGAUCUACCCUCCACAGUUCCAUAAGGUGAUACAGGCCUGCCAUUCUUGUCCCAAAGCAAUCGAGGUUGUGGUCAAUGCCUACGAACACAUCAGGUGGAACGUGAAGUGGAGAAGAGCUAUCCCUGAUGAUGACUUGGAGAGGUACUGGGAGUUUUACCAAUCUCUCUUCAGUGUGUGCUGUAACUCUCCAAGGACCCUCAUGCAUUUAUCACGCUGCGCCAUUAGGAGAGCACUACACAACAGAUGCCACAGAGCAAUUCCUUUGCUUUCUCUCCCAUUGUCAUUGAAAAAGUACUUGCUUUUAGAGCCGGAGGGAAUAAUUUAUUAAGCCUUAUGAGACAGCAGUUCCCAGUCCUAGAUGUUUAAGAGGACUCGCUGCGUAGACACAGUUUGCAUAAAUAAAAUGAUACUUGGGUUGAUUAUAACACUUCAGGGAAUUCAAAACACUUUAUAAACACUAUGUCAUCGAUCCUGGAGCAUCAUAGUCAAGGGAAAUAAGCAGAUGAAGCUAAGACAUUUUCAAAGAGAAGAAUGUAUUCAGAAGGUACUGAUGUUACAUAAAAGCUAAUAUGUACAGUACUCUUUCUAGGUGCCUAUGUAUUUUGUUUAACUUUGUGUAUAUUAUCUCAUUUGAAAUGGGACCCAAUUUUUCAUGCAACCAGUCUCAUUGUUUGUCUUAUCAGUAAUAAGUUUACAUUACUGUUCUGUUUGCAAUGUAGCAAAUUUUGUGAUCAGCUUCUUAAAAGUUGGUGUCUUCCCCCAGAACUAUUUAGCAGUAAUUAACUGUCAAUAGUUUUGUGAACUCCAACUCCCCAAACCAAGCUCCUCAAUUUGUUUUAGAGAAGAGUGCACAACAGUCUAGUCAAAGUGAGAUCUCUGAGCCAAAUUAGAAAUGGAGAAGAAAGAUCAGUCCACUUCAUAGUCAGAAAUGAACAUUUCAGCACACACACACACACACACACACACACACACACUUAUUGAGCCAGAGACUGGAGAUGAGUGUGUUUUCCUAUUUGGUAUCUUCUCAAACUCUUUAAGAAAAACACUACACACUGGAUGUUUCCUGUGCAUAUGACCAGGAAAUUUAGGAAACUGGAUAAAAAUAAUGUGAAGGCACUUAGUUGAUUAUAUUGACCUUUUUUAUGAGACUGACUGACAUUUCUGAGUGUUUUAGCUGAAAGAUAAGGAGCGCUUAACUGUCAUCCCUUUUUAGAUGCUAAAACAGAAGUAAUUAAGUUCAAACAAAUCUAUUUGCCAUUUGUGAAGAGGUUUCUUUUGUUUGUGUGUUCUUCCAUCUUAUUUAACUUCUUAUGCUUGAGUGUUAAUAGAGAUGAUGUUGAAGAGUUCCCUUAGCUGCCAUGAGGUUGGACUCCUAAACUGUGAUUCUCUUACUCCCAGCACAGGAUAGGGAAAACCAUGUGAAGCUGCAGUCAUCUUUCUGAAGUAUCAGUUUUGCUCAACUAA